AAUGCUGCAGAGCGGAGACAGACGGCCGUUUUCUGCUUCAGUUAGAGUUAAAAGACAAACCGUAGCUGCAAUUUAUUUCCGUAAAAAGUCUAACAGAGUGUUCAGAUAAGGGUUAGUGGUCUCACAGGUGUGUUUACUCUCACUGAAAAGGUGUGGUUUCCAGUUCCGGACUGUGUGAGUAGUUUUUCCUCCGCCCUUGUGUUUGUUCCUGUGGUCUGAAGAAGAUAAACGGCUCUGAUAAGAUGGCGGACUGUGUCAGUAAAGUGGAGCUGAGCAUCUCCUGCUCGAACCUGCUGGACAAAGAUGUUGGAUCAAAGUCGGACCCUCUGUGUGUGCUGAAGCAGAAAACCGGAAAUACCACUUGGACUGAGCUGUGUCGCACUGAGCAUUUGGUGAACACGUCCAGUCCGUCCUUCAGUCAGCGUCUCAGAGUGGAUUAUCACUUUGAGACGGUGCAGGAUCUGAUGCUGAGCAUCUACGACAUCGACAACGCCAGCAAAGACCUCGGCGACGAUGACUUCCUGGGAGCUGUGGUGCUAACACUGGGACAGAUCGUCUCCAGUAAAACUAUAACCAGACCUCUGGAGCUGAAGAAAGGCAAACCUGCGGGCAAAGGAACCAUCACUAUCACAGCAGAGGAGAUAAAGGACAACAGAGCCAUUGAGUUGGAGUUUGAGGCUAAAAAUCUGGACAAGAAGGAUACAUUUGGGAAGUCUGAUCCGUUCCUGGAGUUUUCUAAAAAAGGAGAUGAUGGGAAGUGGCAUCUGGUCCACAGGACAGAGGUGGUGAAGAACAGUCUGAAUCCCAGCUGGAAGAAGUUCAGCGUUCCUCUGCAGACGUUCUGCAGCAGUGAUCUCGAAAGGCCGCUAAAGGUGGAUUGCUCUGACCACGACAGUGACGGAUCUCAUGAUCUGAUUGGUUCUUUCACCACUAAAGUGUCGGAGCUGCAGAAAUCUGGAGCGGUGCAGUUUGAGUGCAUUCAUCCUGAGAAACAGAAGAAAAAGAAGAGCUACAAAAACUCUGGAGUCGUCUCUUUGAAGAGCUACAAGCUGUUGACUCAGUACAGCUUCCUGGAUUAUGUGAUGGGCGGCUGCCAGAUCAACUUCACCGUGGGGAUCGACUUCACCGGCUCUAAUGGUGACCCUCGCACACCCAACUCUCUCCACUACAUGAGCCCAGACGGGCUGAACCAGUACCUGUCUGCUCUGUGGUCUGUGGGUAUGGUGGUCCAGGACUAUGACACUGAUAAACUCUUCCCAGCGUUCGGUUUUGGAGCCAAACUGCCUCCAGACUAUAAGACUGUAAACCACGAGUUCGCCCUCAACUUCAACCCCACCAGCCCCUACUGCCAAGGUAUUCAGGGGAUCAUUGAGGCCUACAGGAUGGUUUUGCCAAAGCUGGGAUUCUCUGGACCCACAAACUUCUCUCCCAUCAUCAACCACGUCGCCUCCAUCGCCUCCCAAGCUGCGCAGACCAACAGCGCCUCUCAAUACUUUGUCCUCCUCAUCCUCACGGACGGUGAAAUCACAGAUUUUGACCAAACUCGUGACGCCAUUGUCCGGGCGUCACGGCUGCCGAUGUCGAUCAUCAUCGUCGGGGUCGGGCCGGCGGACUUCAAGGCCAUGGAGCUCCUGGAUGGAGACGACGGCAAGCUGAGGUCCACAGUGGGAGAGGCCAUCGCCAGAGACAUUGUCCAGUUUGUCCCGUUCAGACAGUUCAAAGAUGCUCCACCGGCGUCUCUGGCUCAGUCUGUCCUCGCUGAGGUUCCCACUCAGCUGGUGUCCUAUUUUAAAAUGAGAGGCUUAGAGCCGCCUAAACCACCGGCGAAGGCCGCCGCCACAUCCUAAAUGCUGCACCCACAGAGCCGCUACACCACCCUGCACUCCCCAAACGCACCCUUAAAGCUGAGCAGCCCAAAUUCAUUCCAGGAUCAGACCACCUAAAAAAUACCACCACUCUGUAGGGACCAACCUGAUGUGUUGCCAAAAUCUCAGCCAAUCACAAUUCAGCAUUCAGCUGUCAGCCAAUCAGGAUGCCAAGGGCAACCCAACCCAUUUUUUAUAAUUAGUUUUCUUACACUUUAUUUUCUAAUUUUUCUCUUCGAUAAAUGUAAUGACAGUGCUGUAGUCCAGAUUAUAGAUUGUAGACUCCUGCUGCUGCUUCCACACUAACUAUGCAAACCACAUGUGUUUACUCACAUGUGUUUAACAAUCACAGAGCCACACACACACACACACAUGCACACGCAGCCAUUUCUUGUUCCACAUAAUCCAUAGCUCUCUGUGUGUGGCUCUGAUUAGCUUUAUUGAUCAGGUAUCUUAGCACUUUCCUCAUGCACUAAAUGCUGGAAUAUUCUAUCAUGAAUGAUAUUAUAUACACUUUAUCAUAGCUUUACUACUACGGCCUUACUAUAAACUUUAUUGUAGCCUUAUUAUAAACUUUACUGUAGUCAGCCUUACUGUAGUCUUUAGUGCUGCUUCCGCCUGAACGUUUCCAGACUGUUCUGUCACGACUCUCAGCGGUUUGUUGUUGAGAUCUCCCUUAAAACAAAGAACUUGAUCACCUGUCAGUAUUACACGCAGCUCAGGCAGCACAUUGUGUUAUCACCAGUUAAUCUUUCAUCCCAAAUAAAUCAGCAGCAUGACUGUAGAUACACACGACCUGAAGGUUCAUCUGGCAGCGUUGACGUGUUUGUGUGUGCGCAGCUUGUUUUCACACAUGCUGGUCUCACGUACAAAUAGUCGUGAAAAUUUCCACUUACAUGGUCAUGAAUAUUACAAGCCGGCGUCGUUCAUGUGUGUCGCAAACACAGUAAACACAACCCCAUUUGAUUGUAGCGACAUAUACCUACAAGGGCGUUCACAUGUUUUUCGGUCAAAGAGUAAAACAUAAAGAUAAACUUCAAACGUCUUGCAGACCCUCACUUCACUGCGGAUGCGCUGAAUAUAAUCUGUGCGUUCGGCAUCAGUCGAUCUCCCUGCAGAAGAAGCAAUAAAAUACUAAACAGUAGAUUAAAAAGAUUUUUUUUUAAAAAAAGAACUGUUAAGAAACCUAAACUACAAAGUGGAGUUAAGUGUACAGAGAGCAAUGUAACUUAAAGUGCCUUAUUGAUUAACGUGAAACUCGGCAGACUUGAAUGUUUAAUGGGAGCCAACAUGGCCGCCUCUGCAGCACAGUGACAUCACUGCAGACGGUCACAAUGCUGCGACGCCGCGUUCAGAUCAUACAGAAUAUAGUGUCGGCAUCAAAAUGGGACAUUUUUUUCAUUUGUAAGUAAAUAAAAUAAAAGAAAUCAAACACUGCACCUUCCAACUGAUACUAAACUAAAUUCUGAUUUGACCAUGAACUCGAUUUUAACUGUUAAUAAAAGUGUGUUCAGACUGGUGCGAUGUAGAUUUUAGAGGAUUUUAGAGGCGUGAGCUGGUCUACAGCUUUAUGAAUUAACUUCAUAGACGUACUAAAAUCAAGACAAAGUAGAGACAUAAGGGAAAUUUAGCAAAUUUAAAAUUAGUUUCACAUUCAGUCUGAACUCACUUUAGACUCAUGAUUAAGAUCGCUGGAGGUUGUCGUGUCCAGCGAUGUGAGCGUUUGGAGUCGAAAGCGUGUUAAUCUCAUCCCACAUGACUGGAGCUUCACACUGAGAGUCUGCCUCAACAGCCGCUCUUUUUGUUUUUUUUGUUUGUUUUUUACCAAAGACUGUCUGUCCUCUGUACUCUGAAAUCACACUUAUUGUCAAAAUGUAUCAAACUUGUGUUUACAGCAGCAAAGCCACGUUACAUGGCUUAUUAAAGAGUUAAUGCCAGCGCUUUAUCUGCAGCCACUUUAAAUCACUUUAAAAAACUAAAAAAAAAAACUUUAAAUACCACUUUUGCUGUGCAUUUUGAAUAUGUUUUUCAGGGUCCAUUUUAUAAAAAUGAAAUAUUUGUACUGCAUAUUCUGUGUAGCGCUCCUAAGAGGUUUGUUUUUGGCAAAGAGAUUUUUUCUUCAUGUUUGGGAACAAAACUAUAAUUGCUGAAAGCCUGUGGGUAAAGAAAGUGAGGGAAGAUUAUUUUGUCGUCCGUAUCAGUCGAGUAUUUUUAGUUGAAUCAGUGUUUUAUGUUUACAGCAGUUUGUCCUCUGUCCGCUGCUUCAGGCUGUGUUCAUGUGUUUUUGGAAAUUUGGUGUUUAGGAAGUUUUAAGCAUCUUCUGCUGGUCUUUAAACUCGCAAACAUCUGAGUAUUCAGGAAGUUUUUGUCUUGACAAAAAGUUAAAAUGAGUGUCUCAUGCAUAAGACAGGAAAGUUUCUGAGUUUUCCAAAGAUACUGACUUUGUGAAAUCUUGAUUCAUCCAGAGUUUAGGAGAAAAACAUCGUUGUUUAUUAUAUCUGCUGUUUCAGCAGUUGAUAUGAAAAAAGAAAAUAUAUAAAAGUUUGAAAAAAAUCAUUUUCGACUCAUUUUGCCGGUUAGAAACCAGGAUUAAUUUGCAAAUUUGUUGUGUCAAAAUUCUUUGUAGAAAACAUUUUCAGCAUUUAACACAAGGGCUGCAGAAAGUGCAAAAAAAUUAUAAAAUCAUAAUCUGAUCAUUUUGACAGAUUUUAGUUGGCAUUUCAUUUUCACUGAAAAAAUAAAUAAAAAUGAAGAUGAUGUGGAUUUUGCAGGACUCUUUACCAAACAAUCAUGUUUUCUGACAUCUGGAAUUUGAUUUUUCAGCAGGUAAAUCUCUGCAGCACCUUAAUGUGUCAUAUAUAAUGCUACACUAUGACACAUUUUACCUUUAUUAAAGAAUUGUAGCUGCUGAGAUUUGGAUAUUUCGCUCGGCCAUAUUGUGAUUUUAAUGAUGUUUUGGUUAAACUUGAAGUCCUUUAACACCAUCAACAUCUCUGCUUUUUAGAGAAGUGUUAAUAUGCAGACCUGCAGAGUUUUGUCAAACCAUAAAACCAUAAACCACUUAUUGAAUCCCAAAACAUUUAUUACUUAUCAUCUGGAAAAAUGACAGCCUUUAACAACCAAAUUCUGGCUGAGUGCAAACCUUCCUGUUGACGAUAGAAACAAAAGACAAAAAUCAAAUUAAGUGGACCACGAUGAGUUCACGUUGUUUUCUAUUUGCUGUUUAAUCUCUCUUUAUUUUUUGUAUGCUAAACUACAGCAAAUUCUGUAGAUUGAAGUUUGUCCCUCUCAGGCUGCCUUUUUCUUCGUUGCCAAAAACCUUGUUUAAUGUCCAUUUUCGUGAAGGGAAUUUUUUUUUUUUUUUCAUAAAAAGUUUCUGAUGGUAGAAACUUCAUCUAAAAAACCUGCAGUUGCCAUUUUAAACAGACUGUUAUUAAAGAAAAGUGAAUAUUAUCAAAAUAACCAUUACAGAAAUCUGAUCUGAGUUCAGACCAACAUGCUGUAUUUUCACUGUAACGUUGGCGUUAUGGUCACAUGGUGCUGUGAUGUCAUCGAGUACAUUUCUAAAAACUGUAAUCUGUAAACCAUCAGCAGUUUGAGAAAAACAUACCAAGAGAUAAUGCAAUUUGUCUUUAUACUAAACUACACCUCCCAUGAUGCUUUGCUCCACAGUGUUUCCCACUGUAAUCAUACUGUUUGAUCCACAACAUCCUGUGACCACCAGCUCCACCGCUCACUUAUUAACUGCUACUAACCAGUAUAACUAACCGGUAUAACCAGUAACAUCAUGUCUGUAUGAACGCAGCCGCCAGAAUACAAUAAUAAAAACAAACUCUGGGAAAGAAAAAA